AUGAUUCUUUUAAUUCCAACGCAGGCUCCAAGAUUCCGAAGCGAUGACAGUCGACUUACGAGAAUCUCGACGAUGACGGUUGGUGCAAUUGGCGCUCUCUUGAAUAUACUACUAAUUAUUGCGAUCAUUGUUGAUCCUUUGAAAGUACUUCGCAAGGGAGCCUGGAUAACCAUUCUUAAUUUGGCAUUUGCUGAUUUUGUUGUAUGUGUGGCAAAUAUUUUGGAUGUUGGUUUGAUUUUUGAGUUUCAUGUAAUUGAUGAUCCCAUAACAUUAAGAAUCGUCCGUUUCGUUUUGAUUUUUGGUGUGAGUGCAUCAUUUAUCCUUUUGACACUGUUAACAGCGGAAACAUACGUGGUAGCAAAAUAUCCCAUUAAAGGUCGUCUCGUGCUGACAGGCAAGAAAACUGCGAUGUUGUGCAUGGUGACUUGGUUUUUGGCAAUGCCGUUUGGCCUCAGUAACAUUGCCUACCUUUAUACUGAUAAUUUUUCGAUGUUGCUGAAAGUUUAUAUCGGCCAAAUUGCCGCCUUGGAAUUGACUGUUUUUGUCCAAGUGAUAUUAAAAGUCUUCAUUAUUCGUGAAAUCAUGAAGAGCAGACGAAAUACGCAACAACACAAUAACAGACAUAAGGAAAUAGCAAAAACAAUCAUCAUACUUAACGUGAUACUUAUGGUGACUGCUCUUCCUUACUUUGUUUCAAAACAGUUGGAGUUUGUUUGGAAAUUGGGUCUUAUUGGUGGGGAUCACUGGGUUUGGAAAUUUUCUAAUUACUAUCAACCCAUUGCUGCAAUAAAUUACAUGGCCAAUCCAAUUCUUUACGCACUCCGUUUGCCUGACUAUAGGCGUACAAUUCUGGUGCCGUUUGCGAAAUGUAAAGGUAAAGGGUUUUACUUUUCUGGAUGUCCAAGAUGGAGGAACUCAGAAGUUGCUGCAAACACAGGAAAUUCAUUGCCGCUCUCGUCACGGAGUACUACGACCAAAUUGUAA